AUGGUGUCUGUAUCUGAUGUAUCAGCUCUGAAAGCUCACGUAGUCAACAUUACCGGUCCACUAGUUCGAGUACUUGGAGAUCGUUAUCCAGCCAAUGUUAAGCUAGCGGUUCUUGAAACGCUAAGCAAACUUCUUGACAAGGUUGACACAUUGCUCCGGCCGUUCCUGCCUCAGCUGCAAUCGACGUUUCUUAAAGCGUUACAGGAUCCAUCAUCUCGUCCUGUGCGACUUGUUGCUGGAGGUGCUCUUGCACGCCUUCUGCGCAUUCAUUUGAAGCCAGAACCGCUUGUCACCGAAAUCCUGAAAAUGCUAGCUCAUUCUCAGGACCAAGCACUCUUGUAA